AUGAUCUCUAAACUAAUCUUGAUCGCGCUUGGCCUCGUGCUUGCCUUCGUCUUGCCUUUCGCUCACGGAGGUCCGAAUGACAUUGAGGUUCAACUUGAUGAUGGAACAAAACAGAUUCUCAAGAAAAUCGGGUGCUAUAAGGACAAGCCCUUCCCCAACCGCGCACUUCGCGACCUCUACCACAACCACCGCUGGGAUAUAGACUGGAGCCAAUGGCCUGACAUGACUCACGUCAUCUCGGCGUGCGCAAGCUGGGCAAAGAGGAAGAACUACAACGACAAGUUUGGUGUCCAGUUCUAUGGAGAGUGCUGGGCUGAUGCGGAUUCUUCGAGGUUCAACGACCAUGGAUUAGCGACCAACUGCAUAAAUGGCGUGGGGGAGCACUGGUCGAACUUCGUCUACUCUAUGAAAGGAGUGUGCCCUCCGCUGAAGAUGAACCUCGUGUUCCUUAUUGAUAAUUCUGGUAGCAUCAACGACACAGAGUUCGAUAAUUUCAAGGAGUUCGCCAAAAAGCUGGCAGAGUCAUUCACUAUAUCCGCAACCUAUACGCACGUCGCGGCAGUAUAUUUCAACACACUCGCUAACUUUGGAUUCAACCUUAAAUACGAUAUCAACGUUAUCAAAACAGCCAUAGAUAACUUGCCUAAUAUCGGCGGUGGUACCCACAUUGGAAAAGCUUUGACGUACACGUUGGAUAACGUUUUCAAGGUGGCACCACGUCAGAAUGUGAAGAAUGUUCUGGUCGUGCUGACAGAUGGCAAAUCGCAUGAUAGUGUGACCCUGCCCGCGGCUGCAGUGCGGAAUUAUGGACCUGGAGUUGAAGUGUUCGCCGUUGGAGUUGGAGCUGGAGAUUCUUUUGUUGCCCAACUGAAUGUAAUAGCUUCUGAUCCAGACGAAGACCACGUGUUUCACGUAGAACACUUUAGUCAAAUAGAAUCGACCACAGGCGCUGUCGAGGAUGAAAUCUGCAAAGAUUAUAUCUAAAUCUGCUACUAGACACCGUACAUCGGACACAGGAAGGACAUCGGACACCGGACAUCGAACAUCGGACAAAGUACUUCGAACACAGGAUAUCGGACACAGGACAACGGGCAUAGAACACGUGGACCCUUGAGAUGGCGCACCUGCACGGGGAGCUGCUACCUCGACAAGUUAACUGUUAUCGGGGAAGUCCACACAGGGUUAUUAAAAUAAGGAAGCUAUGCUAAUAAUAAAAUGGGUAAAGAAACGAUGACAAUAAAAUCAUGUAUUCCAUAAAUAUGAUUAAAAAGAGCAUUUCAAACCAA